UAUAUUAAACAAAAUGGAGUCACGCGUUUAACAUUUCACGUGACGCCAGAAGUUGUCGAUUUGAAAGAAUAAAUGUUUAUUUGAUUAUCUCCAAUAUUCUAUAUACAGCGUCUAAUAACGUCGAAUCGAUGAGCUUCCUAGAGACAAUUCUCAAUCGACUGCGGUUUUAAAUUAUUAAAGCUUCCCGUUUCGUCUGCUCCUUAAGAAAUUUUCGAUAAUACAGUACUGAAAUACACAGUGUAGCAACGAUAUCGUGCGUCACGGUAUGUUCAGCUAACCGUAUGACAAUAAGACGAACGGAAAACGUCGCUCCUGAUGGAGACGGGACACGAUUCUUGACCGCAAACGCCCCGACAGUUUCUGAGUCAUUAUUUUAAGUGUGCAGGAUAUGAUAAAAUUCCAAGUAUUAUUAUAUAUGCUAUCUAAGUUCUCGAUGAGCUUGUACCUUUGAUAACUUACAAUUAGACUUAUCUGUAAACGCAUUUUUCGAAUAUCGUUAUCUUUUCGAGAAAAAAAGGCAAAAAUAAAAAUUUGUUACUUAGUACGUUGAAAAGUUAUUCUAACAUGUCAAAUAUGCUUUUGCUUACAGCACGAUUGGAUGAUGGCUGACCUGAAAAGUCUCACCCUGAGCGGUGGCGGAUCAUCCAGGUACAGCGGCGAUGAGCAGGUGCAGUUUAUCCCAGGUGGGAGUCAUCAGGUGACGAUCAGGUCUCCCCCUCCUUCCUUACAUUUGGAAAAUCUCAACAAUGCGGUCCACGGAGGCUCACAGAACAAUCUCCACUGCAGUUGCAACGGCACCACGUCGAACGGGCAGGCUGCGGCUGCGGUAUGCACCGGCGGUGUUCUGGCCAGGAAGGUGCCGAACCACAGCGGCGCCAGCCCGGGUCAGAGCAAUAAGAGGCCGGCGGUAUCAUUGACGCAUCUCCCGAAGAGGCCACCGGUCGACGUGGAGUUCAAGAACCUGGCCUACAGCGUGUCCGAAGGCAGAAAGAGAGGAUACAAAACCAUUCUAAAAUGCGUGAACGGGAAAUUCAGAUCUGGGGAGCUAACGGCUAUUAUGGGACCAUCCGGCGCUGGAAAGAGCACGCUUAUGAACGUAUUGGCAGGCUACAAAACAUCGCACUUGAGCGGUUCGGUACUGAUAAACGGAAAGGACAGGAAUCUCAGAAGGUUUCGUAAGAUGUCCUGCUACAUCAUGCAGGACGAUCGACUUCUGCCGCACCUGACCGUUUACGAGGCGAUGACCGUCUCGGCGAACUUGAAGUUGGGGAAGGACAUCAGUGCGACUGCCAAGAAAGUAGUGAUCGAGGAGAUUAUCGAGACGCUUGGCCUACGCGAAGCCAGCAACACGCAGACCCAGAGCCUCAGCGGCGGCCAGAGGAAGAGGCUGUCGAUAGCGUUGGAGCUUGUCAACAAUCCCCCGGUUAUGUUCUUCGACGAGCCUACCUCCGGUUUGGACAGCUCUGCUUGUUUCCAGUGUCUAAGUUUGCUCAAAUCUCUAAGCAGAGGAGGAAGGACGAUUAUAUGCACGAUCCACCAACCGAGCGCGCGACUGUUCGAGAUGUUCGAUCAUCUGUACCUACUUGCCGAAGGCCAGUGUAUAUAUCAGGGCAACGUCGGUGGCCUAGUGCCCUUCUUGUCGUCGAUGGGUCUCGAUUGUCCGAGUUACCAUAAUCCAGCGGAUUACGUGAUGGAGGUCGCUUGCGGGGAGCACGGCGAGUGCGUUCACAAGCUCGUGAUGGCUGUGAACAACGGCAAGUGCAACAACUAUCAGUCACACCAGGCGGCCAUCGCCGCGGCGCAGACGUUGUCGAACGACAUCGCCAAGGAGUCGCCGCAGGAGCAGACGAAACCGGAGGGCGAUACCGCACUGAUACCGAACGGAGUCGCGAAGCCGCCGACCGGCGCGACGAUGAUCAACAUGCCGGUUUCCUGCACGACGUCGUUGCUGGACAGCGUGGAGAGCAUAGAGCAAAAGGUCGGUUUCCCGACGAACGGUUGGCUGCAAUUCUGGAUAUUGCUCAAGAGGACCUUCUUGUCGCAGAUGCGAGAUAUGACGCUAACAAGGGUAAGACUGAUCUCACAUAUAAUCGUCGGCUUCCUGAUCGGCGCAAUUUAUUACGACAUCGGCAACGAGGCCUCGGAGGUCAUGAGUAAUGCUGGAUGCGUCUUCUUCACGGUGAUGUUUCUCAUGUUCACCGCCAUGAUGCCUACGAUAUUAACUUUUCCGACGGAAAUGUCCGUAUUUGUGAGGGAGCACCUGAACUACUGGUACUCGGUGAAAGCUUUUUACCUCGCGAGAACGUUGGCGGACCUGCCGUUCCAAAUGGUGUACUCCAUAGCAUACGUAAUGAUCGUGUACUUCAUUACGUCGCAGCCGUUGGAGGUGGAGCGUUUUCUUAUGUACCUAAAUAUAUGCAUACUGACAUCGCUGGUCGCGCAAUCCAUCGGUCUGCUGAUAGGAGCAGCAAUGAGCGUGGAGAGCGGAGUGUUCAUCGGACCCGUGAUGUCGGUGCCGAUCAUCCUGUUCUCCGGCUUCUUCGUUAACUUCAAUGCCGUACCAAAGUACCUAAAGUUCCUCUCGUACGUGAGCUACGUGAGAUACGGCUUCGAGGGCGCCAUGAUCUCCGUGUACGGCUACAAUCGGGCGAAACUCAAGUGUUCCGAGUACUACUGCCACUUCAAGAGUCCGACGAAGUUCCUCGAACAGAUGGCCAUGGAGAACGCGGUCUACUGGGUGGACGUCGUCGCUCUGCUCGGCUUUCUGCUCGUUCUCCGAGUGGUCGUUUACUUCGUGCUGAAGCUCAAGCUACGAUCCCUUCGUUAAAACUCACUCCGACAGGAGUCUCCAGGACAGACAAUAAUCGAUCACAUCACGAUUCUAUACGACCGUCAUAAACCACGAUCUGGAUAUCAUCAGAAGAUCAUACUUUCGUGAAUACGAGAGGUACCAACGACGAGAAAGAGAAUCGAGAUUAUUUCGAUCUCGAAAUUGGAGAAGAGAUUAGAACUGUCAUGUUAAUUAACGCCAGCGACGAAGCUCGUUGUGCGAAAGGGGUAUAUCUACGAAAAAGGAUACACGCUUCAAAUAGGGACUUCAAAUUGAAAUGUAACUCGUCUUUAAUUCAAAUAAUCGCGUGACAUGCGAACUUUGAUACGUGAUUUUAAGUCAUUGGUGAUCGCAAGAUCUUUAUUUUAUUUUCCGUCUCUCUUUCUCUCUAUUAAAGUAUAAUAUUUUUUAUUAAUUUCAAUCGUGUAGCAUUAACGCUUCGAAGGGUGCUUAAUUAUUAUUGAUCGUAGUGAUGUUUUGCGGUACCAAAAUCGAAUGAUCUCUGCCUGUCGGCAAAAGAGGACACUCUAAUCUUCGUUAGUUCGAGUAAGUAAAGUAGCUACCAGAAGUUACCGCGACGAGAACUCGAAUCUGAUAAAAAAAAAAACGAAUCGUAUUCUUUAGAUAGGCGUUUAAGGAUAUAGGCGAUUAAGUAGUCCAGAGAGGCAGGUGUUAGACUACCUUCAAUCGCGCAUUAACAACUGUAGGCCGAUUCGCGACGGCAAAUAUACGUCGGGUCACCCGGUAUCGAAGUAAGAAACCGCGAACGUUUAUAGCCAAUUACUACGAACUCGCCAGGAGCCUUAGGCCCAAUUUGAGACUCCGUGUCCCUCCAACGUGCGCGCGAACGCGAACAAAAUAGUAAUUUCUAUAUAGGUCGGCAGGGUAGAACCACGCGCGGAAUCGUUAAAACACAAAAGUCUUUCAUUAUUCCCAUCUUAUAUUAUACACUCAUAGUUCGCCACGAUUCAAUUAUAACUGCAACGGGUGUAUUUCGGGUGGUGAACGAAUCGCAUUAUAUUUACGGUCGUAAUAGUGCUCUUGAACAGGAAUUCGCGAACACCGACAGCAACGCUGGCUCGUUCAUGAAUGGCGUUUUAUCAACGAGACAGUAGAAGUCGACACGUCUCACAUAAUCACGUAAUCGCUCUUUCUUCAUAUCGUAACUUCGUCAACGAUUUACCUAAUAGUUAACAAUAAUUAUAAAGGAGGAAAGGAUGGAGGACGAGAAUGUGUUUAUUGUAAAAAGCUCACACUUGACCAAUCACUAGCUGCCUGAGCGUUGCUUCUAAGUGCGAGUACUAAGUGUUGUUACACUUAUUGUAGUACAUAAAAAAAAAUAUUCGAACGAUGGAAGUUGUAAUUGUAUAGCUGUAUAAAGCGAAAGAUGAGAUAGAUUGUGCGUCAAUGAAUACGUUUCUUCAUUUUUUAAUAAUGCGAUUCGCGGCCUAAGCACGAGUAUAUGUUUUCGGAUUUAUUUAUUCAACGAUUGACGGAGGCGGCAAUGAUUAAAAACUUGUAUCGUAGAUAUUCUCAAUUUAUUUUGCACGCAAUGGCGACUCGUUGUAAACAUUAUUAAUAUUAAUCGGGCGGCCGUAAUCAACGAAAAGAUAUUAAUACGGGGAGAGGCGAUUUAUACGCAAUAGGUGUUGAUUUCACAAGUAAGGGCGAGUUUUAUUUCUAACAAUUAAAGAAUUAGUUAUGAUAUUAUUUUUGUAUGUGUCACGUACAAAGCUACAGGUGUAAAUAGUAAUAAUGUGUCCUUUUUUAUCUGUAUUAAUAAGCGAACAAUGGCAGAAUGACAAGGCAAUAGAGUCUAUCAUAAAAGUUAUAAUUUCAUAUAUUUUACCUUAUAUAUAAUCUCUCUUUCGCGCGAUAUUUUUUAUUAGGAGUAUACAUCGUAUUCGUUGGUAACGGUAAUAUUUUUUUUGUAGACAAUUAGCAAGAUUACGUUUGUAUCUGCAUGCAUAAGUGAUAAACAGUAUUUAUAUUUUGAUAUUAAUUUUAUUUCAUUUUACAUAUACAUUUAUUUACUUUACUAUUAUAGAUUAUCGUAAACCGAGAUUGCAUGGGAAUAUCGUAAAAAUAUUUAAGUUUAAAUAUUUGGGUUUACUUACGAAUAUAUUGCAAAAGUCAAGAUAAUGUCAUGAUAAUCCUUGAAGAGUCAGUAGUUAUCACACGAAAUUAUCAAUGCGUUAUCUUAACUGUACAAUGUUUUCUCUUUUUUGCCAUGUAACAAUGAAUUUAGAACAAUUUUUAGGUGAUAUAAGAUAUUAAUUUUUAAAGAAUUUAUAAUUACAAUUCAUAUAUAAUGAUUACCAUUUUAUCUCAUUUCAAAAACUGUUGAAGUUGAUGAAUAUAUGUAUAUCUUUGAAAAAAAAAAUAUAUAUAUAUAUAUAUCUCUGGAAAUGUUAUCGAGAUUUUUAGAAAUCUGGCUGUAUAAAAUAUAUUUUUGCAGCGCUGAAGUGAAAUCAAAUGUCUUUUUUCGCUAAAGUAUUUGCACGCCUGCUUUUCACGUCAUAUAAUUUUAAUAUUGGAUGUAUUAAGAGAAAGGUAUAUGCAUUUUAAUCUGCGAGGCGAAAGAUAAAUUUCUAUAUUUUUAGAGCUGUGUCUUACAAUUUUAAUUGAUUAUAUUUGUACUUAUUACUCGUUGAAAGGCGUAAUUGUGAAGAUAACGUCACGAAUGACAAGAGAAGAAAGGCAAUUUUAAAACGAAAAUUCACUGUUUUAUUAAAUUAUUAUGUGUUUUUUUUAUGUAUAAAACUUGAUUUCUGAUUUGCUGAAUUGACAAUUAAAUGACUGGGUUAUGCAUAUAUCAUGCCAAAAACAUGCUGGUUAAUUAGCCUUCUGUAUUAUUACGUUAUGCUGCCAAUGACCUGAUGUUAACCAAAAGAAGAAGAAGAUGUUACAUGACAUACUUAUUGUUAGAUAUAAAAAGAAGUUUUAUCCGCCGUGAUUAAGAGUUUGUGUUUACAGUGGCAUUUGUAAAUAUCCGAAAUGAUAGAUUCACAUGCACACGCGUGAUAUACAUUGUUAAACUGAUAUAACUGAUGUUAACGCGUUCAGACCUCGAUAUGCUGCUUUGGAAAGUUUUAUCUCAAAAGAAGCGCACGUACUAUCUUCAUAUAGCAAUAUUACAGAGUAUAUACUGUAAAUUUCUCUCGAUUUUACUCAUCCAUCAUACAAUCGAGAUCUGAACGUGCAGUACGCGGCCGACGUAGCGAUCGUCUCUUUUGGUAAUUAGCGGUUAAUCCCGAUCAUGCUCGAUUGUGAUAUAAUUUCCCGCUUGUCACCUGACAGCUGCCUCCUCUACGACAUCGCGCAAGUCGCGCUCCUAGAGAUCAGCGAGUCGCGGAAAGGGGAUAGGAGCAACGAUCCAGUCGAUCGUACUCGAUCAUACAUUAUACCACGCGCUCUGUGUUCAAGACUUCACCGAGCGUUAUCGCCAAUCGCGCGAAAUUUCUUCAUCGUAAAAUCCGUGACGAUUCCGCUCGCAGAACGAGAGGGGGGCGCAAAAUGCACAGGAGGGCACAAGCGUAAGAAUCCAUUCAAAUCCAUUUGUCGCUUCUAGGAUUAUACGACGUGUCCACGAACGCACACACAUCACACAUACAUACACACAUGUCACAUACCCCCACGUACGCAUACAUCGAUAUACAAAAUAUAUAACGUCGUCGCACGACCAUCAUACCGAAGACCGCAAUCUUUUUCCACUACCGUGAUUUUAUAUGACGGAAAGAAUGUGAAUGCAUCGUGUGAUUGGCGCGCGUGCGAGUGUGUACAAAGAGACGCGGGCGUAGAAGAGAUCUCUUUUUGAGAAUGAGACGAGGAAGAGAAACGGGAGGGAAGGACCUCGCCAGACCUCGGCGCUAAUGUACUUGCAUGUCUUGAUUUUAUCGAGGGACGUCACGUUUGUACUGAAGCACAAAUGAAUAAAACGAUUGUAUCGAUGA